UGGUGAAGCUGCAAACAACAUUCAAGUUCUUGCAAGAAUGGAAGUCCUUAAUCAACCAGCAGCAUCUACCAAUGUCUGCUUCUCCAGUUACAUUCAUUCCCUGUCGGAAACGCCUCACAGGCUUCGAAACAGAAUGCUAGCAACCUGGACACCAGAACAAGAACUGAACCAAAUGAGGCUGAGGUCUGGUGCAAACAUGAAGAGAAAACUCAUGUGGUAUGAUCUGGUAGCUCUAGGUGUGGGAGGAAUGCUUGGCGCUGGAGUUUUCGUCACCACGGGCCGUGUGGCCAGGAGCAACUCAGGCCCUUCUGUCUUCAUAUCUUAUAUCAUUGCAGGCAUAUCAGCUCUGCUUUCUUCUCUGUGUUACACAGAGUUCUCUGUUCAGAUUCCUGUUGCUGGAGGCGCUUUUAGUUACCUAAGGGUGACUUUCGGAGAAUUCGUGGGGUAUUUUGCUGGAGCUAAUAUAUUGAUGGAAUACGUGCUCUCAAACGCUGCAGUUGCAAGGAGCUUCACUGAGUACUUAUGCUGUGCUUUCGGAGAAAAUGAUCCGAAUUCAUGGAGGAUUGAGGUGGAUGGAUUGGUGAAGGGAUACAACAUGCUGGACUUGCCAGCAGUUGCUCUAAUUAUUCUGAUCACUAUUUGUUUAUGCAAUAGUACCAAGGAAAGCUCGAUGCUGAACCUCAUAAUGACGGUCUUUCAUGUGCUGUUCUUCGUGUUCAUCAUAGUAGCUGCUUUCUACAAUGGGAACACUGAGAACCUAGUUAAGCCAGCAGGCCUCGCCCCAUAUGGCGCGAAAGGGGUUCUUGACGGAGCUGCCAUAGUUUACUUCAGUUAUAUAGGUUAUGACUCGGUUUCAACAAUGGCAGAAGAGAUUAAGAACCCUACAAAGAGUCUUCCAAUCGGCAUUGUAGGCUCGGUUGUCAUUGUUUCUGCUCUUUACUGCUUAAUGGCUUUGGCAUUGUGUGUUAUGGUGCCAUAUGACCAGAUAUCAGAAAGUGCAUCAUUUUCACUUGCAUUCCACAAGAUGGGUUGGAAGUGGGCUGGAAAUGUGGUUGGAGCUGGGGCAAGCCUCGGAAUCGUUGCUUCUCUUCUGGUUGCGAUGCUUGGCCAAGCUAGGUAUCUCUGUGUCAUCGGAAGGGCACGACUCGUGCCACUAUGGUUAGCCAAGGUGCAUCCUUCAACUGGCACCCCCUUGAAUGCAACCAUUUUCUUAGGGGUCUGCCAGGCAACUAUUGCACUCUUCACUGAACUCAACAUUGUGAUCGAAAUGAUAUCCAUAGGCACUCUCCUCGUGUUCUACUUAGUAGCAAACGCCCUAAUCUACCGUCGCUAUGUGAUCUCAAGUAACAACCCUCCACAGCACACUCUCCUCUACCUCUUCAUCCUCUCAUGUACCUCACUCGGAUUCUCCCUGUCCUGGAAACUCGAGCACCAAUGGUGGGGACUUCCUCUAUGCGGUGGCUCCAUGAUCAUCCUCACCGCGUUUUUCCAGUACAUGGUCCCCUGUGAUCCCCAAUCCACUGAGUGGUCAGUUCCCCUGAUGCCAUGGCCAGCAGCCACAUCAAUUUUCCUCAAUGUCUUCCUCAUGACCACUCUGCCAAAACUAUCAUACCAGAGAUUUGGCCUAUGGGCUUGUCUCGUAACUCUGCUCUACGUGUUUUAUGGCGUUCACUCGACGUAUCAGGGAGAAGCCGAGGACGCUAGCAUUAGCAGCACAAACCACUCAAACUUUUCUACUCAACAAGAGAAACUAGAUAUUCAGGUGCUUUAGCCAAAGGCCAGGCACUUCUGUUGUGUAAACCCCUAGGUUUCCAUUGUAUGCAGUCACUUUUUUGAUUCAGGGUUGUUACAUGGUGUAGAUAUAGUGGAAAUUCCUUGAUGAACAUUGAGGAUUUCCCAGAAUGAUCCAAGUAAUGAGAUAAAAUGUAAUCAGGUUCUUAACUUUCCAGCUUCUUGAUGUAAAAUGUUGUUUAGUCUGA